UCACUGAAAAAGAACAAAAGAGCAAACAAUUAAGAACUAAAGGCUUAUUAAAUAUGUAUUUAGUAUUUCAAAUCAAUCAAGACUCAAAGUAAAAAAGGUAUAAUCUUUUGUUGGAAUAUUUUUAUAAUAUUUAAUGACAUACUCAAAGAAAGCUACAUAGCCAUAAUCAGAAGAAUUUAUUUAUAGUAGAACAUUCCAUGAAAAUAACUAUGUUUAAGAAUCAUGUAGACAUUCGUGGAAAAGACAAUAAUUUACAUAAUUGUGAUAUUUGUGGAAAAUCAUUUACAGUACCAGCACGUUUAACUCGGCAUUAUAGAACUCAUACAGGAGAGAAGCCUUUUCAAUGUGAAUAUUGCAAAAAAUCAUUUUCCGUCAAAGAAAAUCUUAGUGUUCAUCGAAGGAUCCAUACAAAAGAGAGACCUUACAAAUGUGAAAUAUGUGAGAAAUCUUUUGAGCACAGUGGUAAACUUCAUCGCCAUAUGAGAAUUCACACUGGUGAACGACCACAUAAAUGUAUUUUUUGUGAUAAGACAUUUAUACAGAGUGGACAAUUAGUAAUUCACAUGCGAACUCAUACCGGUGAAAAACCAUAUGUGUGUAAAUUAUGUGGAAAAGGAUUUACUUGUUCAAAACAACUCAAGGUUCAUAACCGAACUCAUACAGGUGAAAAACCCUAUACAUGUGAUAUAUGUAAUAAGUCAUUUGGAUAUAAUCAUGUUUUAAAGCUUCAUCAAGCAGCUCAUUAUGGGGAAAAAUUUUAUAAAUGCAUAGUAUGUCAAGAUACGUUUAACUCAAAAAAAUCCAUGGAAAUGCAUUUGAAAAAUCACUCAGAGCCACAAUUCGUUCAAAACACACUUUCUAAAGAAUCUCCAAACAAUACUUUUAUUGAUAGUGAAUGGUCAUGUGGUUUCAUAAAUAAGAUAGACGCAAAAAUAACAAGUCACAAAAAUAUAAAAACUCGAAAAAGUAAAACUGCAUACACACCUGAAAUUGCAAUUUUUGAUAAUUUUCGCGUCAAACAAAUUUCCAUCCACAAUAAUAAAAAUAAGAACGAUAGUAACAAUUAUGAUAGUAUAGACUCUUUUUUAUCUCAUAAAAUAUGCUCAAAAACAAAUUUCAAAGGGCUUUCCUUGGAUCAAUCACAUAAAAAUAUAGAGUAUGCAAAUUCUUGUUCUACUGUUAACGGAACAUCACAUAGUUCUUUGUAUGACACUAAUUUUGUUUUAAGAGGCUCCCACUGUCAUAAAAUGGAAAACAGAUUGCAUUUAAAGAAAAGUCUACAAUACUACUAUUUCAAUCCACUGCCAACAACCUUAAAGGAGACAGUGGAAGAAACAAAACCUAAGAUCAUGACCAAAUCAGGAACAUAUGUAUCUAAAUUUGCCAGGGGUCCUGGACAACCCUUUGAUUUAAAAACAAACAAGAAUCAGCCAAAUUUAGAUCCAAGUGUUAUUAGUCAAAGUGCUCGAACGAAAACGUUUCCACAGCCACAGACAUCAUUUGCAUCUCAACCAAGUGUAUUAGGAAAUACUACUAAAAUACAUUAA